AUGUAUUCAGACGAAGAGAAAACCGCGUGGACGCCAGACAUAGUUGGUCCAAUAUACAAAUCCGAUAAUAUUACGUUGAGAGAGGUAUUAAUUUCCCAUCGGGACGACAAGUGCACUCGAGUGAUGGCUACCUUUGUCCCCGAUGAACUCAUAUACGAACCUGACUUGACUAAAAAGAAUUUUCGUAAAUUCAAUUCUGUCAUUGCACUGAUCGACGUUACUCGGCUCUUCGGCGUAUACGAGAAGUACAUCAUGGCGAGCUAUGGUGGCAGUAUGGCUUUGUUUCAGUUACUCAAUCGUUAUAUAUCUAUUAUAAUCAUUGAAGUCUACUCUACUCAUGGGGAUGUGAUCAAAUUCUCUCAGGAUGGAUUACUGGUAAUAUGGAAAGUGAACAGGAACGAAUACGUGUCAAGAAUGGUGUACAACGUAAUAUUAUGCGGGCAGAGGAUUCAGGAGACCGUUACAGGGUUAGAGGACAAAGCGCUCGUUCCAAAGGUCGCGUGUGGAGAGGUGACAUUCUCUGUAAUUGGUAACGAAUCUGCUAGACACUACGUGGUCGGAGGUUCUCCGAUCGAAGCGCUCCAAUAUGCCAGAAAAAUUUGUUUACCAGGAGACUUAGUGUUGUCCUCCAGUGCUUGGGAAUUUUGCGCUCCUUCUCAAUACGAGUAUGUUAUCAAGGAUUCGAGCAAUGUCAAGAUCAUCAAAGUGCUUGGACCGCCUGUGGAAGUUCCAGAGAAGCACGUAGUGAUUAUAGAUGAGCAGCAGGAACCUUCCAUCACGACCGAGCGAUUGUCAGAUGUCAUCUCGAUUUCAGAAUCGUCUUCACACUCUAACGUGGAAGGAUUUUUAGAUUUUAAUGUAUAUUUAGCGAGAAUUUCUGUGAUCGACGCGUAUCGACGACGUCUCGGCUCGUUCUUGAGGACUUACAUGCUGAAACCGGUGUUGACGGAGGUCGACAGCGGAGAGUCUUUGGAAUAUUUGACGGAAACCAGGAAAAUUACUGCGGUCGCUGUUAAUAUCGUUCCAUCUAAGAGUUCCAUUUAUGAAUUGAUAUCACUGGUCGACGAACUGUUUAAGAUCAUUAUGAGGAACGAGUUUUUAUUUUGUUGCAGCGUGAUUGAACAAUAUUUUGGUUGCAUCGCUACUGUAAAUUUUUACGAUAGGGAUAUACUGUUUAAUUUGAUGUACGGCGUGAGGGAGUACAGUACCUGGGCGGAAAACGAACCAAACGCGGAGUACGCGUUGCAUUCUGCUUUGCAGAUAAUGAACAACGCGAAAUGUGUUCCUGGUGUUAAGGCUAUUUCGAUCGGCGUGUCGACUGGAAUGGCAUUUUGUGGCGUGGUUGGUCACAUCGUCAGGAGACAGUACAUGAUUUUUGGUACACCGAUUGACAAAGCUAUUUCUUUGAUGAAGAUUUCGUACGGUAAGAUAUCUUGCGACUACGAAGCCUACGCAGACAGUUCUUUAAGCAAAAACAACUUCCGUUCGCGUGGGAUGAAAACAUUAUCCAGAUUCGGAAGGUGCUUCGUCUACGAAUACAUUGAAGCAUACACAAAAGACGAAUCCAGAUCGAACCUUGAGUAUUGUUACCCGAUUCUUGAUCGAUUCCAAGAAAUCGAGUACUUCAAGGAUAUUAUGGAUGAUAUUGGUGUGGAAGGACGAAGCUACUCUGGAAUGCUUAUCGAGGUUUGGCUUGGUGCUGAGAGGUCCGGUAAAUCGAGAUUGCUUGAUGCAUUCGUUACUAUUGUUCGGAAUAGGCAAAUUCAGGUUAUUGCGCUACAUUUGCAUCGUUCUUAUACUGAGAAAGCGUAUGCAGUGCUGCACCAUGUGUUUCUGCAAUUGUUCGAUGCAUCAGAAUGUACGACGAUCUACGACCGCGAGAAGGCUAUAGGAAACAAAUUGUCCGACAUUUUGAAGCCGGAGGAUUUCUGUUACUUAAACUGCAUCAUGCGCGUUCAGUUUCCUCUUUCCAAAAGUUACUGCGAGGAAACGGACUGGAAACGUCACACCAAAACCAUUGAAAUUUUUGAGAAAGUGUUGCAGAAGAUCAGCGGCCGAGUAUGCAUUCUCCUGGACGACGUGCAACACAUGGAUCUCUUAUCCUGGCAGUUUUUCGCGGUCACUCUAAACAAUAUAAACGUGGUCCUAGUAAUGACAUUACAAGAACCACUGUCCUGGGAUGAUCUGACUCAAGUUGAAGCUGCCAUUUGCCAAGAUAAGAGACUGAUGAACAGAACCCUACUCGGUAUAGAUUCUAAGUACGUCGCAGCGUUUGCUUGCCAGUUCUUGAACGUCAGUGCGGUUCCGAAGAGUCUCGAGAGAGUCCUUCAAAAGCGCGGUAAGACCACAAUCGGCUGGUGCGAGACAUUCCUGAUAUCCACCCUCCAAGUCCACGCUCUGACUUUCAUGACAAUAACUCCAUCGCAAGCUAAAAAGUACGACCUCGUUUUCCCCGAGAGUUCUAUGUUGGUUAAAAUACCAGCGUAUCUGACACCCGAAGAAGUUGCACCACCCUUACACUGGACGCAGAUGAGUUCUUUAAACGUGUGCAUAACGUCUGACAGGCCGAUUGGAUUCAUCGCCUCGAAUCGUGACAUCACAGACUUCGUACUGAAAGAAGAUAAAUGUAUAAUUAUUUGGUUAAAGAUCAUAGAUGAUUUUGUUAAUCGUUUGUCAGGUCUGAGAAUCGACAUCUACAACAGAAUGAAUUCGUACGAGCAAGACUUCAUCAAGUGCGCCUCAGUGAUAGGUGCAGUGUUCCUCCGCCACACAGUGGAAAGCGUCAUGGUCAAUUCCGCUCCAUUGUACACCAGCACAGCCGUGGCAGAGAUGAUAAAACUGAGAAUUCUACAGUGCGCUUUGAUCCAAAGGAAAUACUUCCACUCCGACGAUUCUGUGUACUAUCUAUUCAAAAAGCACAAAACCUUCAGUAACAUGCAUCAUUUGGUGACCUGUGACUGCCAGUCUUCACGUAGCAUGAUGGACAAGUCCUUGCCACCGUACGCUGAUUGCAAGGUAUUAGAGUUCACGAUAAACUCUUAUCGCAAGCUGCUUUACGACAUUUUACCACCGCAUGAGAAAGAGGACUAUCAUACUCGAGCUGUGACUUAUUUCGAACGGGAAGCUCGGAGGUGCAGCACCUGUGGCGGUGGCAGCUUCUUUUCGCUGUUCGCGACUGAAGAGGCGACUCAAUUGAGCGAAGAGUCAAUUCCAGCGACCAGCACGAUGCUCCACAGAAAAAUAUCAUCCUGGAAUCGAUCGGAGAGGUUCCGCAUAGAAUCGCGGCGAAGCAUCUUCAUAGCAGAAAACGACGCGGACAAGAAGCGUGAUAACCGCAUUCGAAGGAUUUCCAUUCUACCUGCCCACUCGGAUGACGAAGAUUACAUAAAAGACCUACCUAGCUACAUGAAAAAGCAGAGACAAGAUCAAAGUUUCCUGAAACCGUCGUUCUUCAACUUAUGGGAGCGUCGUUUAAAAGACUUCACCUACAUAAAUUACCGGAACUGUCGUUGCAACGAAGUGAUCAACUUCGUCUUUUGGAAACUGCAUUACCACGUUGAGCGCAGCAGAGAUAUCGAUAAAUUGACGAAGUGUAUGAUAGAGUAUACGGCUGGUUUGAUCCUGACUGCUCAACCGUUGUUCGCGAUCAAGUUCCUCACAUCCGCCAACGCGAACAUCGAAGCCUUGAAGAAGAAGGAGCACCUGGUUCUCGAAGUUCCAAAUUGGAUCACCGAUAGAGGGAAAAUUCUGAUUCUGAUGGGAGACGGGUACCUCGCCUACGGAAAUUAUUCUCAGGCACGUAAGUUUUAUACGGAGGCAGUGUCACUACGGAUCCAAUCGUUCCAUUCGGGCAAAGCAGUUUGCUACAAAACGGUAAUUGAGUCGGUGAAACGCAGAUUGCACGGGUUUCCCGCUUACAACCUCGGUAAAAUCACUGGCAAGCAGGCGUUGCACAACUUGGAAGUAGCUGUGUAUUUACAUCGAUUGGCCGUCGUUUACAUGUUUGAGAGGGAAGCCAAGGUGGCGAAGGUGACGAUUCUGGACAGCAUUCGAGCCGCCUUCGAAUCUGCGGGCGGUUUCAUACAGAAGGGGAUCAUAUACUUGACGGCGUUGCAGAUCUUUCGUCAAUUCGAGGGCCAGGAAUUUAUCGAGCCGUUGGAGAAGUUGAUGUCGGUUGUCAUUGAGGAGACGGCUCAGUGGAGGACUCCGGAGGCGUUUGUCGUUGCGGCUAAAAUCUUUGUGACCAUGUACAACACUAGAAUAUUGCAGGGCAAGAUAAAAGAAACUAUACAGAUCGGAAUUAAAAUAUGCAAAAUAUGCACUACCUUGCACGUCACCCACAUAAAGCUAACCGUUCUGCCAUCACUGAUCGAAUUAAUGCUAUGGACGAAGCGUUUGAACGAAGCGGCCGAUUUAUUGAAGGAACUUUACUACACAGCCAAAGAGGACACCGAUUACUCUGCCAUAACUUGGUACUAUGCUCUCUGUCUACAAUGCAGCUUGGACGCUUCCAUGGUUGUCGAAUCCUACGAAACUUGUUCCAGAUUCUAUCAAAGCUUUUUCAAUAGCAAGUCGAGAAGCUGCGUUUUACGGGAUCCUCAGAGCUUGUGCCGUUUGACUACCUGUUUAGCGAUCUGGCAAUUACGGAUGAGAAUGGUUGUCAAUGAAAUUCUGGUGCUGGAUGUCGAAGAGUAUACUGAGGGAAUUGACGCUGUGGAUAUAACUAUUAAUGGUGGUCAAGUUGACAUAACUAUUAAUGGUGGUCAAGUAGACAUAUCUAUUAAUGGUGGUCAAAUGGACAUAACUAUUAAUGGUGGUCAAGUAGACAUAACUAUUAAUGAUGGUCAAGUUGACAUAAUUAUUAAUGGUGGUCAAGUAGACACAACUAUUAAUGGUGGCCAAAUGGACAUAACUAUUAAUGGUGGUCAAGUUGACAUAAUUAUUAAUGGUGGUCCAGUGGACAUAACUAUUAAUGGUGGUCAAGUUGACAUAAUUAUUAAUGGUGGUCCAGUGGACAUAAAUAUUAAUGAUGGUCAAAUGGGCAUAACUAUUAAUGGUGGUCAAGCAGACAUAAUUAUUAAUGGUGGUCAAGUUGACAUAAUUAUUAAUGGUGGCCAAAUGGACAUAACUAUUAAUGGUGGUCAAGUAGACAUAAUUAUUAAUGGUGGUCAAGUUGACAUAAUUAUUAAUGGUGGUCCAGUGGACAUAACUAUUAAUGGUGGUCAAGUCGACAUAACUAUUAAUGGUCGUCAAAUAGAAAUAUCUAUUAAUGGUGGUCAAGUAGACAUAACUAUUAAUGAUGGUCAAGUAGACAUAUCUAUUAAUGGUGGUCCAGCUCUCGAAUGUUAUCUGCUAAUACUGAAACGUCGAAUUACGAUAAAAAAGUCAAGCGACCUCUUCGAUCGAGUGCAGAACGUGCAGACGAUCAUAAAAACUCUCCGAGAUGUUGCCGAUCAAGCCAAAUUCGUUUACCCCUUCCUGUACUUUAUGGAGGCGUACAUGGAGCUUCUUCGAGGUCGAAAAGGAUCCGCUCAAAAUUAUUUGAACAAGGCUCAUAAGUGGGCCGCGCACCAGCAGAACAAAUUUAUGCUGGCCUGGAUCGAGCAAAAUAAGAGGACGUGGAAGGAGGCGAACUACAACAAUAUGGCGCAGUACUGGGCGGAACACGUGGGUGCAGAGGACGCGAUUCGUUGGCAGGAGAUCCACAAGUUUGGUGUGAGUGCUUGGUCGACGAUACUGUUUCCUCUUCCAGUUCCAGACUCGAAUAUUUGA